AUGUCUAUUAUGAACGUGGAAGAUGACGGCAGUUUAUUUCAAGCUCUAUUGAUCAUGUCUACCGUGAAUGACGAAGAUGACGGCAGAGCAUUUCAAGCUCUAUUUGACAUGUCUAUUAUGAACGAGGAAGAUGACGGCAGAAUAUUUCAGGCUCUAUUGAUCAUGUUUAUUAUGAACGAGGCAGAAGACGGCAGAGUAUUUCAAACUCUAUUGAUCAUGUCUAAUAUGAACGAGGAAGAUGACGGCAGAGUAUUUCAAGCUCUACUGAUCAUGUCUAAUAUGAACGAGGAAGAUGACGGCAGAAUACUUCAAACUCCAUUUAUCAUGUCUAUUAUCAACGAGGAAGAUGACGGCGGAUCAUUUCAAGCUCUAUUUGACAUGUCUAUUGUGAACGAGGAAGUUGACGGCAGAGUAUUGCAAGCUCUAUUGAUCAUGUCUAUUAUGAACGAGGAAGAUGACGGCAGUGUAUUUCAAGCUGUAUUCAUCAUGUCUAUUAUGAACGAGGAAGAUGACGGCAUAAUAUUUGAAGCUCUAUUUAACAUGUCUAUUUUGAACAAGGAAGAUGACGUCAGAGCAUUUCAAGGUCUAUUUAACAUGUCUAUUAUGAAGGAGGAAGAUGAGAGCAGAGUAUUUCAAGCUCUACUAAUCAUGUCUAUUAUGAACGAGGAAGAUGACGGCAGAGUAUUUCAAGGUCUAUUUAACAUGACUAUUAUGAACGAGGAAGAUGACGGCACAGUAUUUCAAGCUUUAUUUACCAUGUCUAUUAUGAACGAGGAAGAUGACGGUACAGUAUUUCAAGCCCUAUUUAACGUCUUUAUGAACGAGGAAGAUGACUGCAGAGUAUUUCAAGCUCUAUUUAACAUGUCUAUUAUGAACGAGCAAGAGGUCGGCAGAUCAUUUCAACCUCUAUUUAAGAUGUCUAUUAUGAACAAGGAAGAUGACGACAGAGUAUUUCAAGCUCUAUUUACCAUGUCUAUUACGACCGAGUAA